AUGAGUUUCAUAAGUUGGAACUCCCGUGGCCUUGGGAACCCACUGGGAGUUCAAGCUCUUUCUGACUUGGUCAGAAAAGAAGUUCCUGAAAUUUUGUUUCUCCAAAAGACAAAAUUACAUGCACGUGUAAUGGAAAGGUUGAAGUAUAAGUUGGAGUUUCAUAGUUGCCUAGCUGUUAAUUAUGAAGUAACUGAGGAGGAUGAGAAUGUUGAUCCAUGGUGGUUAACUGGUUUUUAUGGUAAUCCAGAUGUGAGUAAGAGACAUGAGUCAUGGAAUUUAUUGAGAUCAUUACAGGGACCUAGUGAAAAAGGAUGGUUGAUCUUGGGAGAUCUUAAUGAGAUUAUAAGCAAUGCUGAAAAGAGUGGAGGUAGAGACAAACCUGACAGACAAAUGAAGGCAUCUAGAGAUGUUAUUGAUGAAUGCCAUUUAUAUGAUUUGGGUUUUAAUGGUAACCCUUUCACUUGGUGUAACAGAAGAGAAAUGGAUCAUUGCAUUAGUGAAAGAUUGGACAGGUUCUUAUCAAAUCUAAAGUGGCAUUCUUAUUAUCCAAUGGCUUCUGUAACUCAUGGUGUCAUAGCUUACUCUGAUCAUGUGCCUAUAAUUUUGAAGCUUACAGUAGAGAUUGAAAAGAUUCCAAGAAAGAAAUUAUUUAGAUUUGAAGCAAUGUGGGUUGAUGCUGCUGAUUGUAAACAGGUUAUUCAAGAGGCUUGGAGGGGCAUUGAAGGAAAGAAAAAAUUGGGAACUGUGAUGAGGAAAAUACAACAUUGUGGUGAGAAGCUUACAGUGUGGAAUAAAAACAGCUUUGGACAUGUGCAAAGGAAUUUAAGAAAGGCAAAAGAACGACUUUUUAUUGCACAUCAGGCAGACCCUCUAUCUUAUGACAGGCAGAAGAUUCAAGAGGCUAGAAAUGAGGUCCAAAAGUGGUUAGCAAGAAGUGAAGUAAUGUGGAGGCAGAGGUCAAAGGCAUUGUGGCUAGCUAAGGGGGAUAAGAAUUCAAGAAGUAUGGACUUUUUGCAAGGUUUGGCAGGCAGAUUAACAUCUGAUAUGGUGGAACAAAUGGAUAUGCCUUUUACAGAAGAAGAGUCUGUGGUUGGCAAAGAUGUUACUGACUCAGUUCUUCAUGCUUUGAAUAAUGGUCAAUUCCCAUCUGCCAUUAAUCACACUUAUGUCACCUUGAUUCCAAAGAGAAAAAACCCUGAGCUAGUGUCUGAUUAUAGACCAAUAAGUCUUUCUUUUGUUCCUGGGAGACUAAUAACUGAUAAUAUGUUAGUUGCUUAUGAGAUGGUCCAUUUUCUAAGAAGGAAGAGAAAAAGGAAGGAUGGCUUUAUGUCACUAAAAUUGGAUAUGAGUAAGGCUUAUGAUAGAACAGUUUCUUUCUCUAUUCUUGUGAAUGGAGAGCCAAAUGGACCUAUAUUUCCAACACGUGGUUUGAGACAAAGGGACCCAAUUUCUCCCUAUAUUUUUCUACUUUGCACUGAAGGUCUCAUUCUUUUGUUAGAUCAGGCUAAUUCACAUAAUCAGGUAGAGGGGAUUCGAGUUUGUAGAGGGGCCCCUAUGCUAAAUCAUCUGUUAUUUGCAGAUGAUGUGGUUAUGUUCUGUAGAGUAAAUAUGCAAACUUGCUUAACUCUCCAACAUAAGCUGGAUAUUUAUGAGAAAGCUUCUGGUCAAAAGAUUAAUAGUGAGAAAACAUCAAUGGUUUUCAAUCAGAAUGUAAACCAGUCUCAACAGGAGGAGAUUAUGCAGUUCUGGGGAGUACAUCAGUUCCAACAAUAUGAUAAAUAUCUGGGCUUGCCAUCAAUGGUUAGAAGAGCAAAGCAAGGAUGGAGGAUUAUGACACAGGAGUCCUCUCUACUUCAUAGAAUUUUUAAAGCUAGAUAUUUCCCUACUUCUAGUUUUAAAGAUUCAAAGUUAGGUGGUGCCCCUUCUUUUGUUUGGAGAGGAAUUUGGGAAGCUAAAACAAAUCUACUCAAAGGCUGCAGAUGGCGUGUUGGGAAUGGUAUAUCUAUUAAUAUCUGGACUGAUUAUUGGCGUCCAAACCACAAGUUAGUUCCUGUUACUACUACAACUGCAACAAGUUCAAUUUCUACGAUGGAAAAUCAUGUGGCUUCUUUGAUGAUGCAGAAUCCUAGAAGAUGGGAUAUGAAGAAGGUAAGAAGCUUGAUACCAGCAAGGGAGGCCAAUGAGGUGCUUUGUGUCAGAUUGCCAUCUGAGAAUGUACCUGACACACUGGUAUGGGAACAUGAGAAAAGUGGGAUGUAUUCUGUCAAGAGUGCUUAUCAGUUUUUCUUCUCUAUGGAUACAGAUAGACAAAGGGUUUAG